CCUCCAAUGAGCUGGAGAAGGAAACGGCCAAGGGCACCAAGACUGCGGCCAGGAAAGCCCCGUGAGGGUCCCAUCCGGCCAGAUGCCGCCCAACAAGCCCGCAGCAGGCCCGGGAGUCAGCAGGGCCGGCACGGUCAGGAAGACACAGCCGGAAGCAGGAGCUGGAGGAGGGGGCGCCGCGAGAGACCCGGAUCAUCACAUGGGGCCACGGGAGACGGAGGAGAGGAUCGCGAGGCCCGGCAGCCCCCUGGCCAGAGGCUAAGGCCAGGGGGGAGAAAGGGAGACGGGCCGGAGGGAAGCCUGGAGGCCGCAAGCUGUGGGGGCCUCAGGGUGAAGCCCUGAGUGGGCACCACGAUGGCCUAUCCAGGACAUCCCCGUCGCUCCGCAGGACGCCCUGCUAUGUGGGAGGGAGCUGGGGAGGAAAGAGGUCGGACCAAAGGCGGACGGGGAAGCGCGGAGGGCACAGGAGCCACGGCAUCUCGGAGGCUGCUGAGAGCGUCAGCGCCAGAGCGAGGCCCGGGACCAGAGGAAGGGGGAUGGGCAGGAGAGUCAGCCUUCCGCCUGGGAAUGGAUAUUGGGUAUUGAUUCUCGGAGAGAAGGAAGGGGUUGGGAAAAAAAAUAAAAUAACCCGUAAAGCUAAAAAUAGGUGAGUCACACUCCCGAGCCCCUUGGGAUGGAGUUGGCCCUGCGACUUACAGAGAGCAAACAGAGAAGGGAGGCAGAAUGCUGUAGCAGAGAGGGCACUGACUUGGAGGUGGGCGGACCUGAGUGCGAAUCCUGGCUCAGCCCUUACAACCUGUGUGACUUCGAGGGCCUCCCUUCCUAAAAGCAGAGAUUCAGAGCUGAAAGGAGCCUCAGAGGGCACUGGAUGACUGACUGAGGUGAGGUGAUUUUCCCAGGGAGGCUGAGGCAGGAUUUGAACUCGGGCCUAGAGCUCAAAGCGUGUUCUACUCUACCGCCCAGUUUCCUCAUCUCGACUUAUAGACAAUGUCUAAUUCAUCCUCCAGGUCCCAAACCUGAGGGGAGGUCAGAGAGGAAAGAGGAGAGAAGCGAGAGGGGAAGGCAAACUCAGAGUCUCCCCUUCAGUCUGACUCUCUCCCCACUGUCUCCCCAUCCUGCCCCCACAGGAUGGGCCACGGGAACGGGACGGCUCUCGCUGAAUUCCUCCUCCUGGGCCUCUCCACUGGGCCGGCCCUGCAGCCCCUCCUCUUUGCCGCCGUGCUGGCCUCCUACCUGGCCACCGUCCUGGGCAACGUGCUCCUGGUGUCCCUGAUCCUCCUGGACGGCCGGCUGCACCGGCCCAUGUAUCGCCUGCUCGCCCACUUGGCUCUGCUGGAUGUGUCCUACGUGAGCAGCACCGUGCCCCAGGCCUUGGCACACAUGCUGGUCCAGAGGCGGGCCCUCCCCUUCGCCCGCUGCGGGGCCCAGCUCUAUGUGGCCCUGUCUCUGGGCAGCACCGAGGCCAUCCUCCUGGCCUCCAUGGCUGUGGACCGCUGCCUGGCCGUGUGCCGGCCCCUUCACUACGCCGCCAUCAUGACGCCGGGGGUGUGCGGGGCUCUGGCGGGUGGCGCCUGGGCCCUGGGCUUCCUGCUGUCCAUGCCCAACGCCGCUGCCGCCCUGCGCCUUCCCUACUGUGCCGGGCGCCCUCCCAUCGACCAUUUCUUCUGUGAACUGCCGGCAGUUCUGAGGGUGGCCUGUGCCGACACGGCCCCCAACCGGGCCCUGGUCUAUGCCAUGGGCGUCCCCAUCCUGCUGGGGCCCUUCGGCUGCAUCCUGGCUUCCUACGGCCUCAUCCUGGCCACAGCCCUGCGCCUGCCCUCCGCCCGGGGCCGCCGCAAGGCCCUCUCCACCUGCGGGGCCCAUCUGGCGGUGGUCGGCCUCUUUUACGGAACCGUCAUGGCCAUGUACCUGAGGCCCCGGGGGCCCACCCCGGCCGGGCGCCACAAGCUCACGGCCGUCUUCUACAUCGUGGUCACCCCACUGCUGAACCCCCUCAUCUACAGUCUGCGGAACAAGGAUGUGCACCGCGCCGCGAGGUACGCCGUGGCCCGCCUCAAGGGGACGAGGGCCCAAGUCACAGAACCGUAGAUUCCCGGGGAAGAGGAGGUGCUUCGGCGUGAUCCAGGGCCACCCCCCGGCUCUGCGGGCAAGAAGGGAUCUCAACCUCCCUGGCUGCUGACGAAGAGAAGUCCACGUUAGACCCUGGGAAGUCGAUGCGGCGGAGCGGGCUUUCUGAGUCGGGGACCUCUUCUCAGAGUAACUUUUUAUUUGUAAUCCAGUGAAAAGCCAGAUUCAGGUGACGGGUCAUUGAAAAGAAGGGUGACUUUUUCCUGUCCAAGUUCGUGAACUCAGGCUACACCGGCCUGGCAGGGAGGCUGUCAGCCUGGGACCCAAGUGCAAUGGAGAGUCAGACACCCGGCAUGAGAGUCCCCUGGCAAAACAAAAGGCUUGGAGGGGAUCCUCUAGGAAGACUCAAAAAGGUGGAAGGAGAUCCAAGUCUGGCCCACAUAUGAGCUGGAAUCCUCUCGCCAACGUCCUUCCAAUUGGCCAUCCAGUUUCUGCUUGAGACUGAGUAAUGAGGAACUCACUACCUGCCUCUUGGUGGAUCAGCAGAAAGAACAUCCAAUUCGUCAGAAGCCUUGGAUUUGAACUCUUGCCCCGUCACUGACAUAUGUACUGGGUAAGGCGAGCCCUUCUUUGGGCCUUUGUCGGCUCAUCAUAAAAUGAGGGGUUUAGACAGUCCUUUCCACCUUGUGCCUAUGAUCCUGUGAAACCUUUUAAGGUGGGCAGCCCAUUCUUCUUUUGGACCAUCCUAAUUGUGCAAAGGAUAGAUUUCAUUGACUGACUUUUCUCGUAAUUUAAAAUGAAAUAGGCCUCUACAAUUUUGAGCCCCUGUUCCUAGUUCUGCCCUCUGGAGUCACACACAAAUCCCAGAGAUCUUCCAUUUGACUGUCUUUCCAAUACGAGGAGAUAACUCUCAUGCCCUCCUGAAGGCCUCUUUCCUCCAGUCUGAACUACUCCCACAUCCUGCAAGUACUCCUGCCCAUCAGCACUAGUCCUGUAGCUAAGAAUUAAUACUGGGGGGGAAUGAGGAAGAAAGAAGGGUCAAAGAUGGUCAAAGGGCCACAAACAACAAGUAUACAGUGAAUGUCAAUAGAUUGUACGCACUUAGAAAGGUUUAAUCCCUGUAAGCCAGCAUAUAUUCAUGAAGGACAACUCAUGCCAGUCAACUGAUUUUUAGAGUAAAGUCAGCUCAAGGGGAUGUUUGCAAGGCAUUUGAUCAAGUCUACAGGGUAGUUAGGUGGCCCAGUGGGUAGAGUGCUGGGCCGUGAAGACAACUCACUCUUAUGAGUUCAAAUAUGGCCUCAGAACGAUCCUGGACAAGUCACUUAACCCUGUUUGCCUCAGUUUCCUCAUCUGUAAGAUAAUCCAAAGAAGGAAAAGGGAAACAACUCCAGUAUCUCCGCCCAAAAAGAAAAAAACCCUCAAAUGUGGUCACAAAGAGUCCAACACAACUAAAAUGACUCAACAACAACAGCAUCAUGAUAUUCUCAUGGACAGGAGAGAGGUGUGCAGGGUGGAUAUCAAUAAAAUUAAAGAAGCUAACUUUAUUUUAUUUAUUAACAAGAUAGAGAGAGGAGCUAAUAAAUAAAGUCUGUCACCCAGAAAAGGAAACAGUAUCAGAAAGGAUGUAUAGCAAACAAAUGGAAGAGCCAAGAAUCAUACCUAUCUUCAGACUAUCGAAUCAAUUACUGGGUUCACCACACCACCCAAUGAAUCAAUCUACUACUAGUGGGGGCAGCUAGGUAGCUCAGUGGAUUGAGAGCCAGGCCUAAAGACAGGAGGUCCUGGGUCCAAAUCUGGCCUCAGACGCUUCCCAGCUGUGUGACCCUGGGCAAGUCACUUAACCCCCAUUGCCCAGUCCUGAUCACUCUUCUGCCUUGGCACCAAUACACAGUAUGGAUUCCAAGAUGAAAGAUAAGGGUUUAAAAAAAAAAGAAAAGAAAAGAAAGAAUCUACUAUUAGUGUUGGCCUCAAGCUCAGCUCUAGAAUUAAAUAUAAUGAAAGGAAAAAUAUCCCUUGCCCUCAACUAGUUUAUAUGUUAAUGUAAGUAAACAGACAUAAAUACAACAUGUGUACAGAUUAGAUGGAAAACCACCUCAGAGCAUGGGUUCUUAACCUUCUUGCAAUGACCCCCUUUGGCAAUCUUAUGAAGUCCAUGGAUCCCUUCUCAGAACUGAUUUUAAAUGCAAAAAAUAAAUACAUAAGACUACAAAGGAAAGUAACUUUUACUUUCUGUUUUUACUGUUGCUAAAUUGAUGUAACUUAUUUUUUUCCCACCUAAAAAUCCCAGAUUCCCUAAAAUCUAUACAUGGACUCUUUGAGGGUCUGUGAAACCAGGUAAUAAAUCUUACUUAGCAAUAAAUGACACUCUGGCAUUGGCCACUGUGUACUCUUAGGAUAGUUUUCCCCUCACUGAGCCACUUCUUUAUCCAUAAAUGGGAAGAUUACAUUUGAUGGUGAAGAAAAUCCCUUCCAACUCUUAAUCCCAUAAUUCUAUGAUUAUAUGACUCCCAAAGCUGGGCUCCUUCCA